AUGGCACCAAAGAUCGCGAUUGUCUUCUAUUCGACAUGGGGCCACGUCCAGAAGCUCGCAGAGGCUGAGGCCAAGGGCAUCAAGGAGGCCGGCGGCAGCUGCGACCUCUACCAGAUCGAGGAGACCCUCCCGGAGAGCGUCUUGAGCAAGAUGCACGCUCCUCCGAAGGACAAGAACAUCGCCACCCUCAGCGACCCCCAGCAGCUCGAGCAAUACGACGCCUUCCUCUUCGGCAUCCCGACUAGGUAUGGCAACUUUCCGGCUCAAUGGAAGACCUUCUGGGAUAAGACUGGUGGACAAUGGCAGACCGGCGCGUACUGGGGCAAGUACGCUGGCAUGUUCAUCUCCACCGGCACCAUGGGUGGCGGCCAGGAGAGCACCGCCAUCGCGGCCAUGUCGACCCUUACUCACCACGGCUUCAUCUACGUGCCGUUGGGCUACAAGACCACGUUCGGCAUCCUCGCCGACAUGUCUGAGGUUCGCGGUGGCAGCCCAUGGGGUGCCGGUACCUUCUCGGCCGCCGACGGCUCCCGCAUGCCAACUGAGAAGGAGCUCCAGCUCGCCACCGAGCAAGGCAAGGCUUUUUACGGCCACGUCUCCAAGGUCAGCUUCAGCUCCGCGUGA